AAGACUAGUCUGUCGGUGCAGAACACACACACUCUCACUGUCUGUCAGCGCAGAACACACACACACACACACACUCUCACUGUCUGUCAGCGCAGAACACACACACACACACACACUCUCACUGUCUGUCAGCGCAGAACACACACACACUCUCACUGUCUGUCUGUCUGUCGGGAAACAAACACGCACCCUCACAACCACUCACACACACUCCUAGGACAUGAACACUCUCAUCCUCUCCUCUCUGCUGUGUUUGGUUUUCAGCGCUCUAGGUGUCCUGGGAUCCGCAGUGACGUUCUCAGCGGGGCUGAGCCAUGUGACGGGGGCAUUGGCCUCAGGGGAAGGGGAGGAGCUACAGAGCUCUCUGGGCGAUGAGGAGGAACUGGAUCUUGAAGAAGAUCUGUCGGGAGGAACACCUACAGACGGCUCACCCCAACUGCUGCGUCACAGUAAGGGCCAAAAAGAAAAGGGGAAAGGUCAGAAAGGAAAAAGGAAUAAAGGAAAGAAGAAGAAGGAUACAAAAAACUCCACAGCCGUCAACCCUGAACACACGUCGUCGGGACACGCGUCGUCGGGACACGCGUCGUCGGGACACGCGUCGUCGGGACACGCGUCGUCGGGACACGCGUCGUCGGGACACGCGUCGUCGGGACACACGUCGUCGGGACACACGUCGUCGGGACACACGUCGUCGGGACACACGUCGUCGGGACACACGUCGUCGGGACACACGUCGGAGUUCCCGGCCGGACACACACACCAGACGUCAGGGCGUGUCACAGAGGACCCUUGUAGCUCUUCCCACAAGGGCUACUGUAUCCAUGGACUCUGCAAGUACAUGGCAGACCUGAGAGAGCCAGUGUGCAUGUGUAAUAAAGGUUAUGACGGCGAGCGCUGUGGGAUCCUGCUCCUGCCUACGACGAACAAGGAAGACAGCGGCAGAGCUGAGGUGGUUCAGACUGUCCUGGUCGUCAUAGCUGUGGUCCUCUCCAGCGUCAGCUGCCUCGCCAUACUGCUCAUGGCCUGCACACAUUACAGAACUCAUAAGAACUUUCUGGCUACCUAUCUUGGCUCUGGCAGUGAGAAGCAACAGCUACAGAAAACCACACCCUGUGACAUCACGAUGUGACCAUCAGCAGAGAACUGAAAGGUCUGGAACCAUGAGAACCGGGACAACCGGAGGAGAAACCGGUGCCGGCUCCUACCCAGCGGAGUGAUCUACUGCACAGACUCUACAACGCCAGACAGUAGAAUUUUCUCUAGGAGAACCAGCAUAGAACCUCCUUGAAGAACCAGCAUAGAACCGCCUUGAAGAAACCAGCAUAGAACCGCCUUGAAGAAACCAGCAUAGAACCUCCUUGUUAUUAUAAUUUAUUGGAUUAUUUAUUGGUGACAGAGUGUUGUUUUAUUAGAUAUGAUUGGACUGCGAUGUUGAGCAUCACGCUACCGUUGCUUUAUUGUUUAUUUAUUAGCCAUGCUGUUCCUAGGUCAGAUCUACUGUACUGGACAUGGAUGGAAUCUAUCUGUUCACGAAUAAAGUCCCUCUCUGUUAAGAAAA